GGUACAGUCAGAACGGAGCUUUCGCAAGCGGAUGGUGCGGGAUGGAAACGCGAUGUUUAUGUGUUUUACUGGUCUGUGUGCUGUCACUGAAUCAUGCCACAGCCGACAAUGGCAGCAUUAAAAAGAUGAAAAUACAUUAUGCCGGCAUGCCACUGCUGAAGUUUCAGAUUUGUGUAUCCUGAGGGUACAGGCGGGUGUUUGAAGAGUACACUCGGGUUCUCACCCAGAGGUACCCAGACAUCCGCAUCGAGGGAGAAAACUUCCUACCACAGCCUUUAUACAGACACAUAGCUUCCUUCCUCUCUGUCUUCAAGCUUGCAGUGAUUGGUUUAAUAAUUCUGGGAAAAGACCCUUUUACAUUUUUUAACAUGGAGGCUCCUGGAAUCUGGCUUUGGGCACAAGAGAAUAAGAUAUAUGCCUGCAUGAUGGUGUUCUUCCUCAGCAACAUGAUUGAAAACCAGUGUAUGUCCACUGGUGCCUUUGAAAUCACUCUUAACGAUGUGCCUGUUUGGUCAAAGCUGCAGUCAGGCCACCUGCCCUCUAUGCAGCAGCUGAUGCAGAUUCUGGAGAACGAGAUGAAGCUGAGUGCACACAUGGACUCUCUCCCACACAGACGGGCAUAGAGAAGCAGGACUAAACAGACUGGCUGUGGCUUGUGGGUGUGUGUUGUGAGGCCUUGGUGUGUGUGAUGGCAUUAAUGAA